GGCUGAAGUCGGUAGCUGGGAGCUGGCAGUAUCUGCAUUAUUUCUACCGUCGUAGCAAAGGCAGGGGUAAUAUACUGGAUAUUUAGCCAGUAACAAGUAACAGACAUUUCUAAUGCCAACGCAUGUUUGGAUAUGAAUUAAAAAGGUAGGUUUAACUAGCUCCGUAGGUUGUCUUUACAGACACAGACUCAAGAGAGUAACAAGAUGCUUUGCUAGCUAGCUUGUCCCCAGACAUACAGAAUAAUCGGGGCCCACAGAGGCCGGUCAGCUAACAAGGUUUAGCUUCAGAAGCUAAAAUUAUUUCGCUAACACAGAAGAGCCAGUCAUCCAAAUCGUGGUUACAGACAUUUGACUAGUGCCGCGUUCUGUAGCUAUCCAGACAGCAAGCAAGCUAAAGAAGCGGCUCCGUCUUUUAUUGACAGACAGACCGGUUGGGCUAACAUGGAGACGUCGGGGAGAAUAACAACCACGCCAGAUGCCCACGACUUCACAGUGGAAAACGUGGAAAAGGCACUCCACCAGUUGUACUAUGACCCUAACAUAGAGAAUAAGAACCUGGCCCAGAAGUGGCUGAUGCAGGCUCAGGUCUCCCCUCAGGCCUGGCAGUUCUGCUGGGCCCUGCUCUGCCCUGACAAGGUUCCUGAGAUCCAGUACUUUGGGGCUAGUGCCCUCCACACUAAGAUAUCACGCUACUGGUCUGACAUCCCCUCUGACCAGUAUGAGACCCUAAAGACUCAACUCUUCUCCCAGAUUGCCUGCUUCUCCUCCGGGUCCAAGAUGGUGCUGACGCGUCUAUGUGUGGCGCUGGCCUCCCUGGCCCUGAACACCAUGCCAGAGGCGUGGCCAGGCGCCGUGCCAGAGAUGGUACGUGUGUUCCAGGAGGAGGGAGGGGGGGUGGACGGCCGGGCAAGGUGUCUGGCCCUGCUGGAGCUACUGACCGUCCUGCCUGAAGAGUUCCAGACCAGCCGCCUGCCACAGUACCGCAAGGGACAGGUGCGAGGUGCGUUGGGUCGUGAAUGGGGGUCAGUGUGUCCACUCCUCCAGCAGCUGCUGCGUCGAGGGGACAGUCCCGGGGCAGUGAAGGCUCGUGUCCUGCGCUGCCUGUCCUCCUGGGUGCUGCUGGACGUCCCUCUCAGUGAGAGUGAAGGACUGGUGGAGGACUGUUUCACUGCUCUACCAGACCCCGAGCUGUUUGAUACCGCCGUGGAGGCUAUUGUCAACGCCAUAUCACAACCCGACUCCCAGAGGUAUGUGAACACCCUGCUGAAGCUGGUUCCCCAGGUCUUGUCCCUGCAGGAGCAGCUGAGAGAGGCCAUCCAGAACGGAGACAUGGAGACAUCACACGGAAUCUGUCGCAUUGCUGUCGCACUGGGCGAGAACCACUCCAGAGCUCUUUUGGAGCAGGUAGAGCACUGGCAGGGUUUUCUGGCUUUGGUCAACAUGAUCAUGUUCUGUACUGGGAUACCAGGACACUACCCAGUCAACGAGACGACCAGCUCCCUCACACUCACUUUCUGGUACACACUACAGGACGACAUCAUGUCGUUUGACCCUGAGAGACAGGCGGUGUAUCUGCAGGUUUAUAGGCCAGUGUAUUUCCAGCUGGUGGAUGUUCUGCUGCAUAAAGCCCAGUUCCCCUCUGACCAGGAGUAUGCAUCAUGGUCCUCAGAUGAGAAGGAACAGUUCAGGAUCUACAGGGUGGAUAUCUCCGACACUCUGAUGUAUGUGUAUGAGAUGCUAGGAGCUGAGCUGCUCAGUAACCUGUAUGAGAAACUAGGACGAAUACUGACCAACACAGAACAAGCCUCGUCAUGGCAGCAUACAGAAGCGUUGUUAUAUGGGUUCCAGUCGAUAGCGGAGACAAUAGAUGUCAACUACUCUGAUGUCAUCCCAGGCCUGAUUGGACUCAUCCCCAGAAUUAGCAUCAACAACGUCCAACUGGCAGACACCGUUAUGUUCACUAUAGGAGCUUUAGCAGAGUGGUUGGCAGACCACCCGGUUAUGUUGAGUAGUGUUUUACCUCUGGUACUCCAGGCCUUGGGGAACCCAGACCUCUCCGUCUCCUCUGUCUCCACACUCAAGAAGAUCUGCAGAGAAUGCAAAUUCGACCUGCCGCCCUACGCUACAAAUAUAGUAGCUGUAUCACAGGAGGUGCUGAUCAAGCAGAUUCACAAGACCAGUCAGUGUAUGUGGCUGAUGCAGGCCUUGGGCUUCCUGCUGUCUGCUCUGCCUGUAGAGGAGAUACUGAGGAACCUGCACUCCCUCAUUACACCCUACAUACAGCAACUUGAGAAACUAGCGGAUGAGACGCCCAACCCGUCCAAUAAACUAGCGAUAAUCCACAUCCUGGGUCUGUUAUCUAAUCUCUUCACUACGCUGGACAUCAGCAAGCAGGAGGACGAAUCAGGAGAGGGCACAGCGCCACCUGUCAAAACAGCCCCGCCACCACCAGGACCUAACCCGGUGGUGGUGGUCCUACAGCAGGUCUUUGCUCUCAUUCAGACGGUCCUCAGCAAGUGGCUCAACGACUCUCAGGUGGUGGAGGCCGUGUGUGCUAUCUUUGAGAAGUCGGUGAGGACUCUCCUCCAUGACUUUGCCCCCAUGGUGUCUCAGCUCAGUGAGAUGCUAGGACAGAUGUACAGUACCAUACCACAAGCUUCAGCACUGGACCUCACACGACAGAUGGUCCAUAUAUUUGCCAGUGAGACGGACAACUUCCCUCCCAUCAAGGCUCUAUUUGAGCUGGUUACCUCGGUAACACUCUCCAUCUUCCAGCAAGGACCCAGGGAUCAUCCUGAUAUUGUUGAUUCAUUUAUGCAACUCCAAGCUCAGGCCCUCAAACGGAAGCCAGAUCUCUUCUUGUCUGAGAGUCUUGACGUGAAAGCUGUGUUCCAUUGUGGAGUACUGUCACUCAAAUUCCCAGAGGCUCCAACAGUGAAGUCUACCUGCUUGUUCUUUACUGAGUUGUUGCCCCGUUGCUCAGAUGUGCCCCCAGUGGCCAGAGUGGUGCAGGAGGAUGGAAAACUACUGCUGCAGGCUGUACUAGAGGCAAUCGGGGGAGGUUCAUCUCGUAGUCUGAUGGACCAGUUUGCUGAGGUGCUGUUCAGUCUCAAUAAGCACUGUUUCCCUCUUCUCACUGUGUGGCUGAAAGAGGCGCUGCAGGCAGCAGGCUUCCCCUCCACUAGGGUCACCACAGAACAGAAGGACACCUUCACCCAACAGAUACUCAGAGAGCGAGUCAAUAAGCGGAGGGUGAAGGACAUAGUAAAGGAGUUUACACUAGUCUGCAGAGGGCUUCAUGGGACCGAGUACGCCACUGAAUACUGACCCUGACCUUGCCACGACUUCCCCAGGCUGGAUGCCACGGUACCACAGUACCCACAAACCCCUCAACACUGGAGUUUUCCUUGGACGAUUGAAACUAGACCCUCCCCCUAGAACAGAAAACACCUCCCCAUACAGGCCAACCAUUGGAAAAAUGGUGCUCUAUCACACCACUCAACGGUCUGACGAAGGCUGCUCUCCUUCUUUCCUCUCUUUCCCCCUGUCUCUCUUUCUCUCCUUCCCUUUUGUGACUUCAACUCCCAGCAUGCCCUCUCUUCACCCUCUUUCUCUCCUUUCUCUCUCUGUUGUUGCAUUGGGAUCAUCUGUGGCUCAGAGGCUGUUUCCUGGUUGUUUAGCAUCUGAGAUGAUAGUGGUACUGUACCUGCUGUCCGUAGCUAGCUAGUUUACCUUUGUAUCUUUGGAAAGAAAACUAAUAAAUAUACAUUACCAGUCAAAAGUUAGGACACACCUACUCAUUCAAGGUUUUCUUUAUUUUUACUAUUUUCUGCAUUGUAGAUUAAUAAGGAAGACAUCAAAACUAUGAAAUAACACAUAUAUAGAAUUAUAUAGUAACCAAAAAAGUGUUAACCAAAUCAAAAUCUAUUUUAUAUUUGAGAUUCUUCAAAGUAGCCACCCUUUGCGUUGAUGACAAAUUUGCACACUCUUGGCAUUCUCUCAACCAGCUUCAAAUGUAAUGCUUUUCCAAAAGUCUUGAAGGAGUUCCCACAUGCUGAGCACUUGUUGGCUGCUUUUCCUUCACUCUGCGAUCCAACUCAUCCCAAACCAUCUCAAUUGAGUUGAGGUUGGGUGAUUGUGGAGGCCAGGUCAUCUUAUGCAGCACUCCAUCACUCUCCUUCUUGGUCAAAUAGCCCUUACACAGCCUGGAGGUGUGUUGGGUUAUUGUUCUGUUGAAAAACAAAUGAUAGUCCCACUAAGCGCAAACCAGAUGGGAUGGCAUAUUGCUGCAGAAAGCUGUGGUAGCCAUGCUGGGUAAGUGUGCCUUGAAUUCGAAAUAAAUCAGUGUCACCAGCAAAGCACCAUUACACCUCCUCCAUGCUUCACGGUGGGAACCGCACAUGCAGAGAUAAUCCGUUCACCUACUCUGCGUCUCACAAAGACACGGCAGUUGGAUCUAAAAAUCGCAAAUUUGUACUCAUCAGACCAAAGGACAGAUUUCCACGGGUCUAAUGUUCAUUGCUUGUGUUUCUUGGCCCAAACAAGUCUAUUCUUCUUAUUGGUGUCCUUUAGUAGUGGUUUAUUUGCAGCAAUUCGACCAUGAAGGCCCUGAGUCACAGUCUCCUCUGAACAGUUGAUGUUGAGAUGUGUCUGUUACUUGAACUCUGUGAAGCAUUUAUUUGGGAUGCAAUUUCUGAGGCUGGUAACUCUAAUGAACUUAUCCUCUGCACCAGAGGUAACUCUGGGUCUUCCUUUCCUGUGGCGGUCCUCAUGAGGGCCAGUUUCAUCAUAGCGCUUGAUGUUUUUUGUGACUGCACUUGAAGAAACGUUCAAGGUUCUUGAUGUUUCUGUUUGACUGACCUUCAUGUCUUAAAGUAAUGGACUGUUGUUUCUCUUUGCUUAUUUGAGCUGUUCUUGCCAUAAUAUGGACUUAGCCCUAUUUGGUAAAAGACCAUCUUCUGUAUACCUUGUCACAACACAACUGAUUGGCUCAAACGCAUUAAGAAGGAAAGAAAUUCCACAAAUUAAUUUUUAACAGGGCACACCUGUAAAAUUGAAAUGCAUUCCAGGUGACUACCUCGUGAAGCUGGUUGAAAGAAUGCCAAGAGUGUGCAAAGCUGUCAUCAAGGCAAAGGGUAGCUACUUUGAAGAAUCUCAAAUAUAUUAAAUUUUUUAAAUACUUUUUUGGUUACUACAUGAGUCCAUGUGUGCUAUCUUAUAGUUUGUUUUCACUAUUAUUCUACAAUGUAGAAAAUAGUAUAUAUAAAAAAAACCUUGAAUAAGUAGGUGUCUAAACCUUUGACUGGUACUGUAUGUGUGUGUGUAUAUAUAUAUAUAUAUAUAUAUAUAUAUAUAUAUAUAUAUAUAUAUAUAUAUAUAUACCUCAGUUUUUCACAAUUCCUGACAUGUAAUCCUGGUAAAAAAAUUCCCUGUCUUAGGUCAGUUAGGGUCACCACUUUAUUUUAAGAAUAUGAAAUGUCAGAAUAAGAGAGAGAUUGAUUUAUUUCAGCUUUUGUUUCUUUCAUCACAUUCCCAGUGGGUCAGAAGUUUACGUACACUCAAUUGGUAUUUGGUAGCAUUGCCUUUAAAUUGUUUCACUUGGGUCAAACGUUUCGGCUAGCCUUCCACAAGCUUCCCACAAUAAGUUGGGUGAAUUUCUGCCCAUUCCUAAUGACAGAGCUGGUGUAAAUAAGUCAGGUUUGUAGGCCUCCUUUCUCGCACCCGCUUUUUCAGUUCUGCCCACACAUUUUCUAUGGGAUUGAGGUCAGGGCUUUGUGAUGGCCACUCCAAUACCUUGACUUUGUUGUCCUUAAAGCCAUUUUGCCACAACUUUGGAAGUAUGCUUGGGGUCAUUGUCCAAUUGUGAAGACCCAUUUGCGACCAAGCUUUAACUUCCCGACUGAUGUCUUGAUGUUGCUUCAAUAUAUCCACAUAAUUAUCCUUUCUCAUGACGCCAUCUAUUUUGUGAAGGGCACCAGUCCCUCCGGCAGCAAAGCAGCUCCACAACAUGAGGCUGCCACCCCCGUGCUUCACUGUUGGGAUGGUGUUCUUCGGCUUGCAAGCCUCCCCCUUUUUCCUCCAGACAUAACGAUGGUCAUUAUGGCCAAACAGUUCUAUUUUUGUUUCAUCAGACCAGAAGGCAUUUCUUUAAAAAAAAAUAUGAUCUUUGUCCCCAUGUGCAGUUGCAAACUGUAGUCUGGCUUUUUUAUGGUGGUUUUGGAGCAUUGGCUUCUUCCUUGCUGAGCGUCCUUUCAGGUUAUGCCGAUAUAGGACUUGUUUUACUGUGGAUAUAGAUACUUUUGUACCUGUUUCCUCCAGCAUCUUCACAAGGUCCUUUGCUGCUGUUCUGGGAUUGAUUUGCACUUUUCGCACCAAAGUACGUUCAUCUCCAGGAGACAGAACAUGUCUCCUUCCUGAGCGGUAUGACGGCUGUGUGGUCCCAUGGUGUUUAUACUUGCGUACUAUUGUUUUAACAGUUGAACGUGGUACCUUCAGGCGUUUGGAAAUUGCUCCCAAGGAUGAACCAGACUUGUGGAGGUCUACAAUUUUUUUUCUGAGGUCUUGGCUGACAUCUUUUGAUUUUCCCAUGAUGUCAAGCAAAGAGGCACUGAGUUUGAAGGUAGGCCUUGAAAUACAUCCACAGGUACACCUCCAAUUGACUCAAGUGAUGUCAAUUAGCCUAUCAGAAGCUUCUAAAACCAUGACAUCCUUUUCUGGAAUUUUCCAAGCUGUUUAAAGGCACAGUCAACUUAGUGUAUGUAAACUUCUGACCCACUGGAAUUGUGAUACAGUGACUUAUAAGUGAAAUAAUCUGUCUGUAAACAAUUGUUGGAAAAAUUACUUGUCAUGCACAAAGUCCUAACUGACUUACCAAAACUAUAGUUUGCGAACAAGAAAUUUGUGGAGUGUUUGAAAAUCUAGUUUUAAUGACUCCAACCCAAGUGUAUGUAAACUUCAUAUAUAUAUUUAUAUACACACACACACACACACACACACACACACACACACACACACACACACACACACACAUAUCUAUAUAACGAAACAUAGGGGGUGCCAGUCCUGCUGCAAAACAGGAAGAGAGAGGGACCAAUGACGGAACAGGAUUCUGUGGACUGACACACAUUAACAGCAUACCGUAUACCAUACAACACCGACUCACGCUCCCCAAAGCUCUUACGUUUGCCAAAAUUAUUUUGGAAUGUCAUGGUGAACUAGUCUAAUUUUAGUUUGAUAUUUGCCUUUAUGGGGAAUUAUGUGCCGAUUGAAGGUUGAACCACUGACCAACUAGACUAAAGCAGAGGAUUAUACUGUCUGCUGUCCUGCCCCUGUCCAGCGCUACACACACACACACACACACACACACACAACUGUAGUUUCCUUAAGAGUCUAGAAUGUCCAAUGAUCGAUCAAUGAGGAGGGAGAAGAGGUGAUGGAGAGAGUGAUGCAGAGGUUGGUGAGAUGAGUGUUGUGAGGGGAGGGGGAAGGAAUAGGUGAGGGUGUGUUGUCCUAUCUGUGGACUGUACAGUCACUGUAGUCGUGCAACUCAAUUAAUCAUGUUGUGUGUGUGUGUAGGGGAGUGUGUGCAGUGUUGAUGCAGUGUGCAUGAGUGUGAGCAAAUGUCUGCCUUCCCGCUUGUUGAGUGCAAUUAUAUCGGACCUUCAUCACUUUCUCCAACCAAACACAGACACCCCCUCCCCUUUUAAACACAUAUCCCGUCCCUCCAUUUGACACUCUCUUAGUCCUCCUCUACAUACAGUACAUAUACUGAGUACUCCACUUAAAUGUUCUCUGCUCACAACACACAAGAACUGCAACAGUCCACUAACCUCCAUAUUUCCUGGGUUGACUGACCAGUCCUAACCAUUGACUAGUUGAACUCAUUCGUAUGAUCUAUAAACCAGUAGAACAAACUACACACCGUACUGCUCUUAACCAGUGCUUGUCAACAAGCAACCUGAGUCCUAUCACCCAACCGGGUGUCUUCCUAGAACGAGACUGAGAGGGGUAGUCAGUGAUGUCAUAAAGAUUAUUCAGGUGUAUUUGCAGUUGGAGACUGAUGGAAUGGAACUCUUCUCUGUGAAUGGAAUUGAGACUGCGUCUGAAAUGACUUCAUGAGAAUAGAUGGAAAUCAGAGAAUAGGGUACCAUUUAGGAUGGAUGAAACAACUGGAGCAGCUGGCUCCCAUGUGUACUUCCUGCUUCCUUAUGACAUCACCUCUGUCCAAUCUCUCUUUGUGUCACUAGGUGCCUGCAGACAUGUAGCAUGUGUGUGUUUUUGGGGUACGGGGUGGGGUUGGGUGGGUGGUUUUUGGGAGAUUAUGAAAUACUGUGAGUGUGACGCUGUGAGAUAAUGCUCUGGGUACAAGUUGGCCAUUAGAUAAAGAUCUAGGAUCCGCUUACCCUCAGUGGGUCCUCAAUUUAACCAUUAUGGACUGAAGAUGCAAGACUGACUUCAGAUCAGUGUCUAGGGUUGACUUCAUCCUAUGGUCAAGGGAACUGUCUGAGAGUAUGUUUGUCACUGACGAAGAGAGAGGAGGAGGAGGGUUGGAGCGGGGAUGAAAUGUACAUUGUUUCUUUUUUGUACCAUGUUUUAAUUUAUUAAAUAUAUCUGAUGGCAAGUCGUGUUUGUGUGUGUGUGCGCGGGCGCGCGCACUUCCUACUGGCCAGUAUGUUAGGUCUGUGUUGCCUAUAAUAAAUACAGAAAGAAAAUCA